CUUCACAAAGUGAGAAAAUGGCUAACCCUUUAUCUAUAAUCAUUCAAGAAUUCUUGAAAAAAUUUCACUCAAGAAGAUUGAUACUCCACGCUCCUCUUUAUAGUUCACCUCCCGUGUCAACUGUAUCAGCACUUUCUCCAUCAAUUGCAGUAUAUAGGAACAAUACAUUCGAGGCAAAUGUUGGAAUUGUCUUAGCAGUCCUCUUGUGUGCCUUAAUUUGCUCACUUGGAUUAAAUUCCAUCAUAAGAUGUGCAGUAACGUGCUCGAGUUUAGCAUCCCAUGACGACACCCCGUCUGCGCGCCUAGCCAAUACGGGAAUAAAGAAAAAGGCCCUCAAAGCAUUCCCUAUAAUAAGUUACACAUGUGAUCUUAACCUUCCAGGUUUGGACACAAAGUGUGCAAUAUGUCUCUCAGAUUUCGCUACAGGAGAACGUGUUCGAGUCUUGCCUAAGUGCAACCACGGAUUCCAUGCCCAUUGCAUUGAUAAAUGGCUGAACUCACACUCUUCUUGCCCAACUUGCAGGCACUGUCUAGUUGAAACUUGUCAAAAAAUAGGAGGAUGCAACCAGACUCGUACAUCUUCGGUAAUCCGACCACCCCAAGAAGUUCUUAUAUGGAUUGCACCUUUUCAACAAGAAGGUUUGAUACGAAAUCAUCACAGUCAGGAAUAUUUAGCUGAUUCUAUCAGAUAAGAUGGGAUUAUGGGUUUAAGUUUUAUUCCUUCUUGUUUGCUUAUUUUUAAUUUCAUUAAGCAUACAAGUAGAGUCGUAUAGGAAUAGGAGGAAAGUGGAACAUUUUGCACUGAUCGAGUUUGGAGUGGGGAUAAUCUCAGUAUUGGUCCUUUACAAAAUUAGUU